CAAAAAUUAAGUUAAUAAAUAAAAUACAUUUUCCUAUACAUUCGUGGCAUCCACAUUCCACAUUGCUUUUUAAUUGUCUUGAAAAAUGAAAAAUGAAUGAUGUAGAGAAAAAGCUAGCAAAGUACAGGGCACAAAAAGAACGUGAGACCAAAUACAACAAACUGAAAGUAAAUUUUAAAAACAAACUGGCCUCAUAUUUUACUUCUAGUGAAACAAGUAAGGAUAAUGAGGAAUCGACAGAAUGUCUUUUGAAGUCAGAAUCAGUUGAAAAUUUCACUGAAACUAUUAAGGACAAUUUAUCUGAUGAUUCCUUAAGCGCAGAUGAUGAUCAUGUAACCCUAAAUUGUUGUACUUAUAUGGACUGUCUUUAUUACAUACUCUGUUUUAUUUUAUGGGUAACAGUCUAUGUAAUUUUUAUAAAGUUACAAUUUGGGACAGUUUAUUUAAUUAUAUCAGGAUUAAUAGGCAUAUACUUAAACACCAGAACGGGACCUAAAACUAAGGGUGAAGUUAGUGCUUAUUCUGUUUUUAACAAGGACUGUAAGAGUAUAGAUGGAACUCUGAAUGCUGAGCAAUUUGAAAGGGAAAUAAGAUAUGGACCAUCUGUUAUUCAUUAAUAGUUUAUUUGUUAAUGUAAAGAUAAUUUUAAUUAACACAACACUAUUACAUUUGUUUAAAAAAAAUCACUUAUUUUGUGAAAUAAUAAAUGCCUCAGCAGUACUAACACUGCACUCGAAAUAUAUAUUUUUUUUCUGUGUAAAAUUCUUAUUUAAGAAAUUUUUUUUAUUUAAUCAAAUUUGUGAAAAUAUAAUGCCUAAUAAAGUUGUUUUCCAUUCUUUUUA